AUGAAAAUGAGGCAGCUCUUUCGUAUAUCAGUUCUUUUUGUGCUGGGUCAACUACUCUACAAAGCAGUAACUCAGCAAUGCGGAUCCCAGGUAUUCGUCUUCGGCUGGAUGUUAAAGGGACACAUCUACAACACGAUGUCGGCAGAACUCCCACACACAUGCGUACAAGUUUGUCGCGAAGACGAUCGAUGCCAAAGCUUUAACUGGGUGAUAUCUUUUCUCAAGUGCGAGUUUAGUAAUAGAACCAAGGAAGCCAGACCUGAGGAUUUCAUUCCCGACCCAGACAGAUUUUACUACAAACGUGCAUGAUAGGAACAGAGGUAAAAACUGUUUACAAUUCUUUAUUAAUUGUUAAAUAAAUAUAAUUUUCCACCCCACCCCGCAUGGUCCGUUCCGAGUUACAUGGUCAUGAAGCAACGAUUGAGCGUCCUUUUAAUGCUGAUAUCAAGGCAACAGAUAACUAAGGAGGAUUUUUUUAUCCGUCCGGCUGUUACUGAGCUUCCUACCCUGAAGUAUGUAGCAAACGGACUGUCUAAACCGACUGUAAAUCAAAUAAAAGAUAUAAUGAAUUGACUUCUUUCAGUGCCUCUAGGUUCCAUUCCCGAACUGCCGGCUGAAACCUGUUUAGAAAUAAAGAUGAGUGAAGGUCAUUCCAUCAGUCAAAACUAUUGGUUUUCUGCCGUUAAACCUGGCACAUCUGUCCUCGCUUACUGUAAUAUGGAGACUGAAGGUGAGUUCACUUUAAAUUUAUAAGUGAUAACAUCCGUAUCACUCGGUUAUGGACAAACAAAGUUGAGGAAGAGAAGAGAAUGCUUUGGAGGUGAGGAAUGAGUUAGCGUAUAACUGAAUGAUCCCGGGGACUAAACUUAAAAGGAUUAAGGCUUUUGCAAAUAUAUAUUGUCCAUUUUGCAUCCUUUGUAUUAAUUUACACAUGCAAAUGUGAAAUAGACUUAUUAAAUUUCCCGUAAAGUGGAAGGGCUUACUAUAUAGGAGUUAUCUUUUUUAUAUUCAUCUGUGUAAAUGGACGUAAUAAGUGAAUAAGAAUUCGGCGGAAAAUGUAAAAAUAUAUCUACAGCAAAGGAGCGGUGGGGAGUCUGGCUUGGUAUAAGCUGUCGCUCAGCACUGCUUUUAAUAUGAUGUCCCGCUUGCUUGGACCUAAUGUAACGUUGUACUAAAACGCAUUGUUAUAAUUCCCGGUGCUUUUCCGAAACUGCCAAAAUUUUCGUCUUUCAUGUUCGGGGAAUGCAUGCGGGUGAAGCUCAAAUUCCCCGAUCAACUGGAGGUCUAGCUUUCCCGAAUGCGAUAGAGUACAUGCACGCUAUGCCAAAUAGCGUGCCCUUUAGAACUAAUAGAACCAAGAGGCGUACACCAGGCAAGGUCUUUUUGUGUACUGAUUAACCGUUUAUUCUGGAUGGAGAAUUUUAGAAACUGUUAACAUUGCUAUGGGUUACCUCCGUUAAUAAUGCAUUGUACGAGUCAACGCACGUUCCUUUUUAAUACGUCAGUCCAAUAAUUAGACUAUGCUUGUUUUCUUUAGCAAUUUUUCAGGAAAAUGGGGAUAAAAUAAUUGAGUCGAAUCGUAUACUUCUAGACUAGAAUCCGAGGAAGUUUCUAGUUGGUCAUCUUGUCUAACUCUAACGUUAGCCUGCGAGCAAAGGCAACUUGCUCCAAGGGUGCUCCUAAACGUCAAACCUUUACUUUUAUCAUUCAGAUAUUGACGAAUGCACUUCUUCUGUUCCUCUCUGUGACGUAAAUGCAACUUGCACCAACAAUGACGGAUCCUACUACUGUACUUGCAAGAUUGGAUUUUCCGGAAACGGGAACACUUGCAAA